UUUGAACGGUUUCAAGAUAUGAAUGAUCUAGGUGUCUCAUCUCAGCUGCUUUAUAAUAGAUCACAUUAUAAUUAAAUAAUUCCCCCGGAUAUUUUAUUUUCACCCGGAUACUUUUAUUUUAAAGAAAAGACAACGUCGUCGGUGUCAGUAACGUUUUCCGGAAUGGUCUGUCCUCACAUUGAAAUGCUUCUAUCUGCUUAAAGACAUUUGCAGGUGAAAUUCUAAUUAUUUAUUAACAUAAGGAAUUAUUAGAGUGCUGGUGACGAGAGAAGCUUUUCAGUCAGUCAUGUUCAGGCACUGCAGGACAUUUUCACAUUGUGUCUUAAAAAGUCAGACAAAUUAUGUACUUUCAAAACCAGUUAGGAUUCUUUUGCCCUGGUCACCAUUCACAUGUACCGGAUCCCCACGUACUCAUUCUACCAAUAUCAAGAUGCGUUCCUACUUACAGUACAUGAAAAGGAAAGUCAAAGGUGCACCAGCUCCUCCAUACGAUCAUGUGUGUCAGGUUGGAGAUCCUGUGUUACGUUCACGGGCAGCAGCUGUGGAACCCGGAGCCAUUCAGGGCCCAGAAGUGCAGAAGGUCAUAAAGACCCUGGUCAAGGUGAUGAGGAAGCUUGAGUGUGUCGGCCUGAGCGCACCCCAGAUUGGUGUUCCUCUACAGAUACUAGCCUUGGAGUAUCCAAAGAAAAUGCUGGAGGACAGCUCAGUCGCUUCUAUUGAAGCUCGGGGUCUGGUGGCAGUGCCUCUUAUGAUUUUUGUAAACCCACAGUUACGUGUACUAGAUGGACGCACUGUCAUCUUCCAAGAGGCCUGUGAAAGCAUCUGUGGGUUUUCAGCAUCUGUUCCACGCUAUGUGUCUGUAGAAGUCUCAGGUCUUAAUGAGAAAGCGGAGCCUGUCAGCUGGCAAGCGAGUGGAUGGCCGGCCAGAGUAUUGCAGCAUGAAAUGGAUCACCUCAAUGGAGUGUUAUACAUUGAUCGCAUGGACAGUAAAACCUUCAUCAAUGUAAAAUGGGAAGCGUAUAAUGAAUAAAGCUUGCAACCCUACCUUUGGAGCUCAGAGAAAAUAGAUGUUCUUGUUAUUCCUGUUAUCUAAAACAAGCAUUUAAUCACAUUUCACACCCAGAAAUGACUUCACACAUUGGGCAUUUACAAGAAAGCUAGA